AUGAUUAUCCUCGAUUUCAACAAUGUCUCGAACUCAUCCGCACAGCACGUGUUGCCCGUGACUCUGUGUUUCUUCGGACCUACUGUCACUUGCUUCAUCUUCACUGCCUCCUUGUGCCGCUUGAGAGAGCUGAGCCGCCCCCGCUGCGCCGGCGUUAAGUGGCCGCCCGCCUGCUGUUGCAGCUUCGACGUGCGCGGGCGGCCGCUGAGCCAGGCGACGCACUGGUCGUCUCCCGAGGCGUUCGGGCCGCGCGCCUACUUCCGCACCGUGUCGGAGCCGGCGCAGCUGGUGCUGGAGGACGUGCGCCUGCGCGACGAGGGCGUCUACCGCUGCCGCGUCGACUUCCGCAACACGCCCACGCGCUCCGCCAGGUUCAACCUCACCGUCAUAGUGCUGCCCGAGGCGCCGCAGGUGCUGGACCGGCUGGGCCGCCGCCUCAACGCGACGCUGGGCCCACUGCUCGAGGGCGACGACAUCGUGCUCACGUGCCGCGUGGUCGGCGGGAAGCCGGAGCCGUCGGUGCGCUGGCUGCUGGACGGCGAGGUGGUGGACGCCGACUGCGAGCGGCGCGUCGCGGGCGUCGUGGAGAACCGGCUGGCGUUCCGCGGCGUGGCUCGCCGCCACCUGGGCGCCGUCUUCUCCUGCCAGGCGCGCAACACGCCGCUCGUGGAGCCGCGCCGCGUCGCCCUCACGCUCGACCUGCACCUGCGUCCGCUGUGGGUGCGCGUGCUGGACCGGCCGGGGCAGCUGGUGGCGGGCCGCCGCUACGCGGUGCGCUGCGAGACUGCGGGGUCGCGGCCGCCGGCGGUGCUCACCUGGUACAAGGCGUCGCGCCCGCUGCGCAGGACCAAGGAGGAGACGGCGGAGAACACGACGGUGAGCGAGCUGACGCUGGUGGCCGCCACGGACGACGACGGCAAGGUGGUGACGUGCCGCGCAGAGAACCCCAACGUGACCGGCGCCUACCUCGAGACCAGCUUCACGCUCACCGUCGUCUAUCCACCUAUAGUGUCGCUCCUCCUGGGAUCCACACUGAACGCGGACGACAUCAAGGAGGGCGACGACGUCUACUUUGAGUGUCAAGUCAGGGCCAACCCACCCUGGCGUAGGCUCUCCUGGCUGCACAACGACGUGCCGCUGGCGCACAACCCGGCCGAACGCGUGAUCCGCAGCAAUCAGAGCCUCGUGCUGCAGAAGGUCAGCCGCCAGAACGCCGGUCGCUACGUCUGUGUCGCCUCCAACGGAGAGGGCGAGACUCCAUCCAACGUCCUCACGCUCAGGGUCAAGUACGCGCCGAGGUGCUCCGAGGAGCGCGCAGUGGUGGUGGGCGCGUCGCGCUCGGAGACGCUGGACGUGUGGUGCCGCGUGCAGAGCGACCCGCCGGCGCGCGCCUUCCGCUGGAAGUUCAACAACUCGGGCGAGACGAUGGAGGUGGACAGCAAGCACUUCGCCAGCAACGGCAGCCUGUCACUGCUGCGCUACACGGUGCGCUCCGACCUCGACUACGGCACGCUGCUCUGCUGGUCCGACAACGCCGUCGGCGCGCAGGCCGCGCCCUGCGUCUUUCAGGUAGUGGCCGCAGGGCGACCCUUCCCGGUGCGCAACUGCUCGCUGUGGAACCAGACGGCGUCCUCCGUGGAGGUGGUGUGCCAGCCGGGCUUCGACGGCGGCCUGCCGCAGCACUUCGUGCUGGAGCUGCACGCCGCUCCCGCCUCCAGAGCCGGCACCGCUUCCAGCUCCAGCGCCGGCGCGCGCCUCAACGUCACCGCUAGCGACUUCCCCUCCUUCGUCCUCACCGACCUCGAGCCCGACCUGACCUUCUGGGCUGCCAUCUACGCCGUCAACGCCAAGGGCCGCAGCGUGCCAGUCCUCAUCGAGGAGAUCACCUCCAGGGACGCGGAGCGCAGGACAGGCGACGAGUCGCUGUCUGCGGCGCCAGUGAUGGGCGCCGUGCUGGGAGUGUCCCUGACGCUGCUGGCCGUGGCCCUGGGGGCGGCAGCGACGCUCAGCCGGCGAUCCAGGAGGCGGCGCCACCUGCCUGGUGGAGGGAUGCGAGCGUCGGGCGACCGCGUGCCGCUGUCCGCGCCGUCGCUUGGCAACGGCAGCGUGGUGUCCCCGGCUCUGGCAGGCAGCCUGGUGUCGCCGCCGGCCAGCAAGCUGCCCACGCCGCAGGGCUCCCUCACUCUGGUCUCGCCGCAGGGCCCGCUCGACGCGGCCAGCAUGCUCACUCCGCUGGGCUCAGCGCUCUGGCCCAGGACAGUCUCACCGCCACCUGUAACGGUGUCCGGGCCGGUGCUGAGCGUGGGCGGCGUGCUGCCGUGGGAGGCGCGCUCGAAAGGUCUCGAGCACCUCAUAGAGGUUUAUGAAGAUAAUAACUAUCCAUCAUGGAAGAUCCGCAAGGCUUUGCGUUUCAAACUGAGUGGGAGUGAUCUACCACAAGAAGCAGAAGAGGAAAGGUUGGCGUAG